AUGAGCAGCCACCUGGAGGAGAGGCUCCGGGAAGCUGCUGCUCUAGGCGACCUCGAGGAGGUGCAGACGCUGCUCCGUCAGGGGGUGGCGGUGAAUGCUCAGAAUGAGAUCAAUGGCUGGACGUGUUUGCACUGGGCAUGCAAGCGUAACCACACUCAUAUAGUUGCAUACCUGCUGGACUGUGGAGCUGAUAAGGGGAUUUUUACAAUUAAUAGAGAGCUGGCAGCACAUCUGACUUCAAAAAAAGAAAUCAGAAAACUUCUUGGAGUGGAAGAUAAUGAGAAACAAGAAGUAAAUGACUUAAAGUUGCCAGUUAUGGCAAACUAUCUCACCAAUGCAUCUUUUCCUUGCACUUACAAUCAAGAAAGGGAUGGUGUUCUUCAUACUUCUGCUCCACCCAAAGAAAUAAAUGCCGCCAUACCUCAUUUAUCUGCUGGUGAACCUAGCCCUUGUUUUUCAACAGUUCAAGCAGAAAACAUUUGCACACCCAUUUCUUUGCACAAGGAAACAGAACUCCUUGGGAAACACCUUUGGGACAGGGACCUCAUUUCACCCAUUGUUGCAGAAGCUUCGGAAGAUAUAAAGUCUAGAAUUCAGAACUGCUGUCCUGCAUAUUCUUCAUCUACACGUCGCAACAGAGAUCACUUGACUUCAAGCCUAUCUAGACAACAUAUACCUAACCAAACAAAUGGUGCCACAGUGGGUGCAGGGCCAUCGUUACAGCCACUGGUUGUCACUGGAACUAUUCCAUAUACUAUACAAGAAUUGGUGCUUAAAGUAAGAGUUCAAAAUCUUAAAGAAAAUGACUUCAUUGAAAUUGAACUGGACAGAAAAAAGCUGACUUAUCAGGAUCUGCUCAGGGUGUGUUGCUGUGAACUGGGAAUUAAUUCUGAACAAGUGGAGAAGAUUAGAAAAUUACCUAAUACGUUAUUAAGAAAGGAUAAAGAUGUGGCCAGGCUUCUGAAUUUUCAAGAGCUGGAGCUAGUUUUAGCGAGAAGCAUCACUUCUCCUUUCAAAAAUGCUGCAGCAACAACACUGAAGGAAAGAUCUUGCUACAACACCAAAGCAGCCAAGCUGACAUAUUGA